AUGGCUUCAUCCCACGGAGAUCUGCGUCAUCUUCUCCCUGGCAACUACAAGCGCCUGGUCACUUCUUGGCUGGAAGAGGACUGUCCCAGCCUGGACUAUGGCGGCUUUGUUGUUGGUGAGUCAGAAGGCGAAGCCCGAUUGUUGGGAAAGAGUAAGGGCAUUGUCGCAGGUGUACCAUUCUUCGAUGAAGUUUUCUCACAACUAGGCUGCACAAUCGAAUGGCACAUCAAGGAAGGUGAAACAAUCACCCCGAUUCAGCACUGCGCAACCGUGCGCGGGCCCAUCCGCAAGAUCCUCCUCGGCGAGCGCGUGGCGCUCAACAUUCUCGCACGAUGCUCGGGCAUCGCCAGCAAGAGCGCCUCGAUGCUCGCUGCACUGCGUGCGCAGGGGUGGCAAGGAAUUCUGGCCGGUACAAGGAAAACGACGCCUGGCUUCCGCCUGGUGGAGAAAUACGGGAUGCUCGCUGGCGGCGCCGAUCCCCACCGACACGACCUAAGCUCGAUGACAAUGCUGAAGGAUAACCAUGUAUGGGCAUGUGCGAACAACCGGGCUGCGGCGGAUGGGGGUGUUGCCGACCCCUCAUCGAUUGACUCGAUUGCGGCGGCGAUCCCACGCGCUGUGCAGGCUGCAAAGGCUACCGGUGGAUUCUCGACCAAGGUUGAAGUUGAGUGUCGGAGUAUUGAAGAAGCCAAUGCCGCGAUAGGGGCUGGGGCAGAUAUCAUUAUGCUGGAUAACUUCACGCCAGAAGGAGUGCGGGAUGCUGCAGCGCACCUUAAGCGUGAAUGGUCCUCGAAGAAGGCUUUCUUGAUCGAGGUGAGCGGUGGGCUGACAGAAGAGAAUGCGCCAUCGUACGUCUGUGCCGAUGUGGAUAUCUUGUCUACAAGUUCGAUCCACCAGGGCACGGGGAUUGUGGAUUUCUCACUGAAAGUAUCGUUGCGAUAA